AUGGAAAUCAAAAAGUUCUUCAUCCUCCUAGAUUGCAGGAGAGCAGAUGAACGCGGCAGUUCUGGCCACCAUAGGGCCUUGGGAAGAUUUGGAGACUACUCUUGUGAUAGCUCACUGGAGCUGAUAGAGUCGGCGGCGCGGUACAUGCGCACAAGACAUUCUGAAAAUGUCGAGUUUGUACUGUGGACUGGUGACAUAAUAGCAGCCCACACGGGAAAUGAUGACGAGAAACAUCAAGCAAUUAGAAACAUGACAGAGCUACUUGGUAGAACCUUUAGCUCGCAUUUUGUAUUUCCAGUGCUGGGUCAUUUAGACCCAGCCCCUUCAGAGAGUCUCACCAAUAUGUGGAGUCAUUGGCUGCCUUUAGAAGCAUUACAGACUUUUAAAUAUGGUGGUUAUUACACGAUAGAGCAGAAACAGAGUAAGUUGCGGAUAGUUGCGUUGAACACUAAUUUGUUCAGUGUCCGUGAUUCGUCCAGUGUGCAAGCCAGACGGCAAUGGGAGUGGCUAGAUGCUGUACUAGAUAAAGCCACAGCUAAUAAAGAAAUGGUAUACAUAGUAGGUCAUGCAGCUCCAGGAUCUGAUUCACGGCAUCCUUAUGACCCCUCGGCAGCGGCAGCUGACGCUAAUGCCAAGUACCUUCAAACGGUGCGACGUCACGCCAAAAUCAUAGCCGGUCAAUUCUUCGGUCAUCUACAUGCUGAUACAUUCCGUGUUAUUUAUGAUAAUGAUCGCCCAGUAUCCUGGGCAUUGUUAGCGCCCUCCGUAAGUCCACAUCGAGAUCCAGCCGAUUCAUCAAAUCCUGGUCUCAGGCUGUACAAAUUUGACACCAAUACAGGAAAGGUAUUAGACUACACUCAAUACUACUUAGACUUGGCGGGCGCUAACCGCAACCUGGCUGAAUGGGCGGCAGAAUACAACCUGACCCAGUACUACGGGUUGCAUGAAGUUUCUGCCACAUCACUUCACAAUCUUGCCGAGAAGCUACAGAUCGGUUCGCCUCACGAGACAAAUAUAUUUCACAAAUAUCUGCGAGCCUACCACGCCCGACAUGAAAGUUCCGAGUCAUGCGAUGGCGCCUGCGCACAUCAGCACUUCUGUGCAAUAACUUGUUUAGACCACGUCACUUAUCGGCAUUGUGUUGAAGCCGCUGCUAGCGCUCUUGCAGCAGCCGGUGACGCUUCCUCUGCGCUCAUACCAGUUGCGAAAACUGUACUUAGUCUAUAUGUAUUACUAGCUUUCGUAUUUUAA